UUGGUUCAAAUCCGUCUCUAGCUCAGCAGUCGACCAAUGGUGGCGUUGACUUGUUUGUGCAGCGAACACGGCAAAUAUAAAUGCAGGAAUCUGAGAAGAAAUAGAAUAAACUGAUGUAUAGAAACGAAAGACGAAGUGUGAGUAGAUGUGUAUCUGCAUGAUUUCUUAACUAGAAUCAGACCUCCAUCUCCACCUUAAACGUGAGGGAUAUCAACGGGUUGGCGAGGGAUCUCCUUGUCAAGCAGGCUUGACACAUUUUUUGCUGGCCAACACUCCCUGCACCUUUUGCCCCCUGAGUUCGUCAAGAUGGCUCCAUCCCUGCACACAGCUGUUUCCAGGCGCUGGUGGAUGGCCGUAACGGCGGUUAUUGAGAACCUGCUGUUCUCUGCCGUGCUGCUGGGAUGGGGUUCCCUGCUGAUUAUGCUUAAGUCUGAGGGCUUCUACUCAUACCUCUGCUCCAUGCCUGGGAACAGUUCAGACCUUAAUCAGUCCUCGUCUGCUGAAGACAGUCCGGGUGUAGAGGCUGCUGUGGCACCGAAACAUGAGGAGUUUCUGACGGUUAACGGCUGGCUGGUGUGCAAGGACCAGGAUGAGAUGCUGAACCUGGCCUUCACCGUUGGCUCUUUCCUGCUUAGCGCCAUCACCCUGCCUCUGGGCAUCGUCAUGGAUAAAUACGGCCCACGCAAGCUGCGCCUGCUGGGCAGCGCCUGUUUUGCCUUCUCUUGUAUCCUUAUUGCCUACGGAGCGAGCGACCCCAACAGUCUGUCCGUUCUCAUCUUUUUCGCCCUGGCACUAAAUGGCUUCGGAGGGAUGUGCAUGACCUUCACCUCGCUGACACUGCCGAACAUGUUUGGUGACCUUCGCUCGACAUUCAUCGCUCUCAUGAUCGGUUCCUACGCCUCCUCUGCUGUCACCUUCCCAGGAAUUAUGGUGAUUUAUAAUAUGGGCGUGGCCCUCAUCACGAUUCUGUUGGUGUGGGCUGGGUGCGCUGGCCUCGUCUUCAUCAACUGCUUCUUCAACUGGCCUCUUGAGCCCUUCCCUGGUCCAGAGGAUAUGGACUACACUGUGAAGAUCAAGUUCAGCUGGCUGGGCUUUGACCACAAGAUCACAGGAAAACAGUUCUACAGGCAGGUGACCACCGUGGGCCGACGCCUCAGUGUGGGGAACUCCCUGAAGCACCACCCCAGGGAGCUGACCACUCAGGAGGGCAACAAGCUGUGCCUCUCCACCGUGGACCUGGAGGUCCAGUGCAAGGGCGAGGAAGAACCUCAGUCCUUCAUGCACAGCAUCUUCAGCCCCAUCUUCAUGCUCAGCCUGAUCACCAUGUGUGUCACGCAGCUGCGCCUCAUCUUCUACAUGGGAGCCAUGAACAGCAUCCUGGAGUACCUUUCAGAUGGAGACCUCACGACAGUGCAAAGGAUGGAAGUCGUGAGUAUGUACACCUCCAUCUUCGGCGUGCUGCAGCUACUGUGUCUCCUGACAGCGCCGGUAAUCGGUUACAUCAUGGACUGGAAGCUGAAGGAGUGUGACGACGGGGACGAGAAGGGCGUCAGCAAGGACCCCGGUCAGCCUAAAAGGCGUGACAGGCACAUCCAGAAGAUCACCAAUGCCACGCGCGCAUUCAUCUUCACCAACCUGCUGCUGGUCUGCUUCGGACUCACCUGCCUGAUUCCCAAUCUUCCGCUUCAGAUCCUGUCGUUUGUUUUGCACACGAUUGUAAGGGGCUUCAUCCACUCUGCUGUGGGGGGUCUGUAUGCUGCUGUCUACCCUUCCUCUCAGUUUGGCAGCCUCACAGGGAUGCAGUCUCUCAUCAGCGCUCUGUUUGCCCUGCUACAGCAGCCACUUUUCAUGGCCAUGAUGGAUCCAUUAGAGGGAGAUCCACUCUGGGUGAACGUGGGCCUGCUGGUGCUGAGCGUACUGGGGUUCUGCCUGCCUCUCUAUCUCCUGUGCUACAGCCGUCAGCUCCGCCGUGAGAAGAAAGAGCGGGAAGACGACCCAAAGAUCUACGUGAAGAUCAGCAAUGGCACCAACGGCACCAACGACACCAACGGAACCACCGCCAUUAAUGGCACAAAUGAGAUCACCAGCAGCCCAGGCAGUAACCAUGAGGCCUUUGUGUAGAAUCAGAGAUGGAGAGAUGUAGAGAGAGAAUGGGAAGAGUAGGAGAGAGGGUGAAAGAGAGAGUAAAUUGCUUGAGGCCUUGUGUAUAAUUUUCCACCCAGGUCCUGAAGGUGAGCUGUUAUUCACCCUUUUUCACUCAGACGGACCCUGACAUUCCUGCUUACACAAACACACACAGAAAUACCACUCAAAUAUCACUAAAAACACAGUAUAUCAGGAACACACCAGUGUUGCCCCGUGAGCUCUUAUACUCAAGUUGUGUCAAUCUUGCCAGAAACAGACACAUGCACCUACACACAUCUUACAUACUCAGAAGAGUGAUACACACAACGUUCACUGUGAAACACAACACGAUGACACAAACCAUAUCUGAAACAAACCCUUCACCCCUUACACCAUGGCACUGAACCCUGAAGCACCAUUGGUCUUGCCAUCACAACAACAGCAACGGUCUUGGAGGUCAGAAGUGAACUGACACGAGACCCAAGGCUAUAAAGCAGGGGCAGAUAGUCACCUCAACAACAGGCCCUGAUCCCCUUUGCUUAUCGUAGUAAUCCCUGCCACUCGCCAUGCCACAUGCCAUGCCAGUUCUGGAUGCCCGUCGAUACUGAGUUAGUUACUGAGUGUCUUCAUGUGCCAGUCAAGAAGCCUGAAUGCCAGUGAUAAGAAGUGCUUGAGACUACUUGGACGUUAAACCAGUCUUCACCCUGAGGUGUUUUAGCAAUUUUCUUAGAUCACACCAGUAAUGAUGAGCUUUGCCAAAAAUGUAUCUUUGGCUUUGCCAAAAAGUGUCUCAAUUUCUCGUCAACAUUCACUGGGUAAACUGACAUUAUCAAUUGAUUGACCUUUAGCAGAGGUUCUUCAGCAGAAAAGAAAAAUGGAUCAGAGAACAGAGAGGGUGGCAUUUAGAGUUGUAGUUUGGUCAGACGGUUCUCCACCGUUUACACACUUCGCAUAAUUGGUGUUUUAAAGUUGCAUGUUUUGAGCUUCUUGACAGAUUUUUGCUGCACCCCUCUGAGGAGAGUGCUUGCUCUUUUCCAUUUAAAGACAAAAAAAGCAACGACUCUCAGAUGCACAGUUUUGGAAUGUUUCAUGUCCAAGAAGUGAUAAAGCUAUUGCAAGCUAUUCCUUUGCCUCUCAGUAACUAGUGUCAUGGCAGAGGGAUCUGGGAAGGUGUAGGGGCUGACGCAAAGGAUGUGUAGACGCUUUGAUGACAAGAGGGGUGAACGUGAAUAUGAUUACAUAGUAGUGUUGUUGUGAAUACUUAACAGGGAGCUGAAAUUCUGCGUUUACUUUUCCCUCAAAGCUUUUACCACAAAGCAUGGCAUAGAGUGACUUCUCACCAGCAAUAAUGUGCCACGACACAACCUGCACAGUUAAUAGACAAGUACCAAUCAUUAGUGCAUCUCUCCCAACCACUCAAUCAUGCCAUACUACUGUCUUUGCUGUUGCUAGGGUUACUGUUAUAUUAUCAUUUCCCUGGAGGUUCUUUGUGUGUGUGUUUUACUCCAGAUAUCUGUUGGGGCAUCUGGUAUUUUACAGUAAUAAUUUUAUCAAAGGUAUUACCUGCAAUAUGAUCCCGUUCAAGCUUUCUUCUGUCUUACGACAAUGCGUGUUAUUUUUAAAAGAUAAAGUGGAAGAACGAGUUGCAUAGUGCAGAUGUUUGAAACAAGAGGAUGAGGAUAAGGACGAAUCGUUGUUGCCACCUACCCAUAACCUGCAUUAUUCUCUGAUUAUUGGAGGUUACGAAGGAUUUCAAUGUAGCAAUAAGUGCUUCUGUGAGCCACCUGGGAAUCGUUUACAGUGCUCUUAUCCACUUACACUGUUUUGCAACCUCAAGUGCAUACACAGAAGCAUGUCUGCUCUCAGUUGGCAAAGCUACUGCCUUAGGAUCAGGUGUGUUUCUGUGUAUGUUUACAGAACAAGAUUGAGAUUUUCUUAUCACAGUGUUUACCUUAAUGGUGCUUCUUAGUAAUUGCAGGACUGUGGACACACUUUGUAUGGUGGUCAGGUUUUAGACAUUCUCAGUCCUCGGUAAAUGUUCAUACCGAGAGCCACAUUUCAGACAAAUAACAAAGUACUUGAAAAAACUUGAAUAUUACUUAAACUAUCAAAAAAGGGAGCUGAAGAGAUGCUUGAAUAUCUGCGCCUAACUCUUGAUGCACACUCUUGUAGCUGUGAGGUUGAAACACAGUGUAGUGGGAGCACAAAAAGGGUUGCUCCUGGAAGUCCAUGGGGCCAACUCAAAUUUCUCCAAACUUGACUUGCGAGGAUUUCGCUCAGCAGUCACUCACAGAAACACUUCCAAAGAGAGCCGUCUGUAAAGGGGCACCAACAGGCAUUUUGUGAAGAAGGUUAUGGCAAAGGUUAUUCCCCAACCCCUAGCCCAUUCCCUGCAUUUGAACCUUGUUAACCUAGCCCCUAGCCCCCAGAUAGACCUGUUUCUCUAGACCUAACUCAGGCCAUUUACACAGUGCAGAGGGUUCUAGUGAUCACCCAUCCCUGUGAGUGAAUAAAAGAGAGAAGAGAAUGGCACAUACGCACUUUAAUAUCUCAUCAAGUGUCAGAUGCUACUUAUUUUUGUCCCAGUUGUCCCAUACUGAAUGUGAUUGGUUGUUAGGCACAGUCAGAAGCCUUCAGGUUCUAAGUGAGAUUUAGAAAGUAUGACCUGUGCCCCAACCUGUCUGUGAUCAGAGAUACAAGCUCUUAGUUAUUUUUGUAUUCAAAGAGAGAUGCUUGUGCUCUCCAUCAAUACCCCCCCCCUUAUUGUUUUAUUCAGUAAGUUUAUUCUACGUUCAGGUCACUGACCCUAGUCUUUAUCGACAGCAAGCAUGGAGGGAGUGUUCCCCUGUCACGUUCUCACUGUCAUUCUCUCUCUCUUCUACAGUCACGCGCACACACUGUGCAUGGAGAAACAGGUCCAUGGUACCCAGCACCCUUAAUCUCUGCCCUCUUGCAUGACUAUGUCUUGAAACGAAUGGACAAAUUGGGCUGUGUAGACUAUAGCAUGCAUGUGUCCCAGAUGGACAGCUUUAAAUAGCUUGAACAUGCCUAGAAAUUGCAGGUGGAAGAAAAUAAUGAUGCAGUACUGUACUCCGGCGCUAUGAAUGUGGGUUUAUGGUUUUCAUUCCCUCAGAAUGGGAGAUUCAGCACUUUUUUCACUGCCAUACCUUAAAUGGUCACCCUCUUUUUAAAACAACCAUGUGUUUCGUUGUAAAUGUAACACAUUAACUAGCCCCUGUUUAUCAACAACAUUAGAGCUGUCCUGAUAUGAAAGGUAAAGGCUAUUUUGAAACGGUGAAUAACAUGGGGAUAGUAACCACAUUCUUGACGUCAUGGGUCAUCAUCUUAAACUCCAAUGUUUUCCCUGACUUUUGUAUGUACCAUGUGCAUUUUGUUUAUUUUGACAUCUUUUUUAGGCUUUCUUUUUGAUGUGUCAAAAUAUUUUAUGUCUAUAUGAUAUCAGUUAUGUCAUCCUAUAUUACAGUAGCUGUUGUUGACAUUUUGAGUAAUUGUUGAAACAAAAAUCAAUUGUAAAAUAAACCAAAAGUAAUUUGUAAAAA